AUGGCCGCGGCCACCGGCGGGGUGACCAAGAGGGGCCCGUGGCUGGGCCGGGCCGGCUGCAGCCCUGGUAGCCGCGAGAGCGCGGCCAGCGCCGCCCCGCUCCGCGCCGAGCGCAGCGACAGCGGCUACGACUGCCUCUCUGUGGAGGAGAAGGAGUGCCUGAAGUUCCUGGAGGAAACCAUCGGCUCGCUGGACACGGACGUGGACAGCGGCACCUCCCUGGAUGAGACGGACCCCGUGGAGCCCGCCCGGCCUCCGCGGUCCAGGAGGGAAUCCGCUCCCCACGGGCUGGAAAACGGGGCCGUGUCGCCGAGUGGGGCUCCGCAGGGCCCUGCUGAGCAAAGCAACGGGCAGGACGACAGGGGCACCCGCAGCUCUGCUCCGAGCCCGGCGUGCUGCCCUCCAGCCGGGAGCGUCGCUGCAGCCGAGGCACCGCGAGCAGCCGCCGCGUCCAACGGCACCGCAGGGCACCCGCUGCCGGCACCGGCACGGGAGACGGGCAGGGAGGAAGGAGCCAGCGCCACGGCCAGGGCGCCGGGACCGACCAGCGUCCCACCGCCCGCAGCUCCGCAGGAGGCUCGAGGCCAGGAGCAGAAACCCGCGGCCGAGGAGGACACGGACGCCAAGCGCGGGCCGCCCACCGCCCCCAAGCCCAGGAAGCUGCCGCCCAACAUCGUCCUGAAGAGCAGCCGGAACGGGCCGGUGCCGCCGGGCCCCGCGCUGGAGCGGGCGAGCCCGGCACGGCCGGAGCCCCAGGAGCGGGACCGAGCGCGGCGCGAGGCGCUGGAGAAGCUGGGGCUCCCGCAGGAUAAGAAGAAGCCCGGGAGCCCCCCGAAAGCCGCUGCUGCCCCCAAACCCGGUGCGGCACCCGGGGCCGCCGACUCUCCGGAGCGACUCCCCCCCCGGGUCAUCGGCUUCAAAUCCAACACGCUGGAGCGUUCGGGCGUGGGGCUGGGCAGCCGCGUGGGUGGCAAGGACGCGAGCGCCAAGAGCGGCGGCUCGCUGGGCAAGAUGUCCUUCAUGGAGAGGAUCACGCCGGGCUUCCUGCGGAGCAGCCGCCCGCGCCCCGCGUCCCUGGGCACCGGCAGCGACUUGGCGGGGCUGCGGGCGGAGCUGGAGCAGAGCGGCCAGCGGCGGGCGCAGGCGCUGCCCGCCCGGGCGCCGCGCGCCGCCGGCGUCAGUGUGCGCAUCGCGCCCGCGGGCACCGCCGGCGAGCACCGGCGCGAGGCCCUGCGCAAGCUCGGCCUGCUCAAGGACUGAGGAGCCCGCUGAGCCGGCGGGAUGCACAUCCUUGCCGUGCUGCAUCCCGGGAAAGGUGUUGUGCCGGCAGGAUGCACAUCCUUGCCGUACUGCAUCCCGGGCCAGGACUGACAUUCCCGUUGUGCCGGCGGGAGGUCCCUGCGCUGCAUCCCAGGCAAGGAGCGGGGCCCCUCUCGUAGCACCUCGCGCGGCACCUGCACCCAGGGGUGCCCAGUCUCUGCAAUGAACUUUUAUACUCAACAGUAUAA